AUGCUCUCUCCUCCUCCUGGCUCUUUGCACGUUGUGUAAGAUGGCGGUGAAUCUGGCGGAGCUCUCGCUGCCUCAGCUGGAGGGACUCAAAGGACAGCUGGAGCAGGAGACCGAGUUUCUCACCUCCUCCAUCGCUCAGCUGAAAGUCGUCCAGACGAAGUACGUGGAGGCGAAGGACUGCCUGGGCGUGCUCAAGAAAGAAAACCAAGGUAAAGAGUUGCUCGUUCCUUUGACCAGUUCUAUGUACGUCCCUGGCACUCUGAGUGACGUGGACCGCGUGCUGGUGGAUGUUGGCACAGGAUAUUAUGUGGAAAAGAACAUCGAGGACACCAAGGAGUUCUUCAAGCGCAAAAUCGAUUUCCUCACCAAGCAGAUUGAGAAGAUCCAGCCUGCGCUUCAGGAGAAACACGGCAUGAAGCAAGCUGUGAUCGAGGUCAUGAACAUGAAGAUCCAGCAGCUGCAGGUCCAGCAGGCUUCCCUGUCGGGCACGACGAAGGCAUGAGAGCAGAGGAGCAAAAGGAGCAGCAUCUGAACACCGGGGGGGCACCGCAGCAACAAGGACCCCAGCUUCCUCUUCACAGCAGGGCGGGCCCUUCCAGGCCAACCCUGAUCCCAGAUUGUUUAAUUGAACCAAUCAACCCCACGCUGUUAACUCUCUCUCAGUAGCUGUUAAACCCUGGAGUGGAAUACCCCUCCGGGACUCCUGGUUUAGAUGCAGGACGCCGUGCAGUCGCUCAGGCGUGCCUUCUCAAUGGGAAAAGCCACUGCGCUGGCACACCCAACACUCCAGUUCUGGAUCAGGAUGUUGGUGUUCAAUUCAGUAGUGUUCUCUUUAUAGUCUUCUCAGAGGUGUCCUGUCUCUGCUCGCAUGGGUAAGAUCUCUUAAACCAGCCCUUCUCGUGGGUAAACUCCACUGUCCUUUUUCUAAAACAGAAAUUUUUAUUUAAAUUUUGAAAGAGAGAAAUAAAUAAUGAUCUUGUUGCUGUUUUUUUUUUUUUUAAUGUUGCCUUGUCUGCUGUGGUCUGUUGCAAGCCGAUUAAAAAAUAAAGGUCAGUUUCACUGUU